AUGCCCGACGCUGCCACCGGAAUCCUUUCACAAGCUCCACCUCAUCCUCGUCGGUUUGUCACCUCGCACGACGAGCAAGGAAAUGCAAUUUUCAAGAUCGAAGGAGAUAUCCCCCAUACACAAUUUUACAAGUCAGAGGAAGAGUGCGCCGUCUUCCAUGUCCCUUGGACGACCGAAGGUCUGCCGGUGACCGUUUCGGACACCGGAGAUCGAGCGGUAACAAAGGCUGGAGGUUCCCUAGCGCGAGAGAACGGAAUCGUCUGCCGCUACGUCGAUUUCCCCCCGAACACGUUCAGCCCAAUGCACAGGACACACAAUCACUCAUACAACCUCUUGACCAUGACAUCAGGUGUGGUCAUCUUCGGAGAUCUGGAGCUGGUUCUGGACAACGGCGAAACAAGACAGAUGACGCAAUCUGAUGUCGUGGUUCAGAGGGGAACGAUCCAUCAAUGGAACAACAAGACCGACAAGUGGGCGAGAAUGAUGUUCGUCCUGAUCGCCUCGGAUCCUGUAAUGAUCGACGGAAAGCCUCUGCCAUCGAAUUUGUAA